CUCCUCUAUGAUUCCGUAGUAUUGGAUUCCAUAGAGACGGGCAAGCAUAUUUUUUGUUGUUGCCAGAUAGCUAACAAGCUACACCUCAUAGAAGAAGCGAACCAAUCUAACACCCAAGAUAAGGAUCCAGAAGACUUCCUUGUGUGAUUGAGUGCCACAACACGAACAAACGAUGUCCUUUAGAGACUUACGAAAUUUCACAGAAAUGAUGCGGGCUCUGGGCUAUCCUCGCUUGAUAUCCAUGGAGAACUUCAGGACCCCCAACUUUACCCUGGUGGCAGAAAUUCUCAUUUGGCUUGUGAAAAGAUAUGAACCGCAAAUGGACAUACCGAGUGACGUGGACACGGAGACAGACAGGAUUUUCUUCAUAAAGGCAGUGGCCCAAUUUAUGGCAACAAAGGCUCACAUCAAGGUGAACACAAAGCGUCUGUACCAGGCUGAUGGCUACGCUGUGAAAGAGAUGUUGAAGAUCACCUCAGUGCUGUACAGUGCCAUGAAGACCAAGGAGAUGGCCUCAGGGGACAAAGUGGAGGAGGACAAUAGCAAAUUCAAGUUUGACUUAGGUUCCAAGAUUGCAGACCUGAAGGCAGCGAGACAGCUGGCCUCGGAGAUCACGUCUAAAGGAGCGUCGCUUUACGACCUGCUGGGGAAGGAGGUGGACCUGAGGGAGAUGAGAACUGCUGCCAUCUCCAGACCCUUGGAGAUCAAUGAGACAGAGAAGGCCCUCAGAGCAGCCAUCAAGGAAGUUUUGGAAAGCGUGGAUAAAACCAAAGACAUGCUGAACAACGUGUCCUCAGAUGAGACCAGCCUGGAAUCCAAAAUGGAGAAGAAGAAACAGGAGCUGGAGAGGAAUCAGAAGAGACUCCAGACUCUACAGAGUGUACGGCCAGCAUUCAUGGAUGAGUAUGAAAAGAUUGAGGAGGACCUGCAGAAGCAGUACGAGACCUACGUGGAGAAGUUCCGUAACCUGAGCUUCCUGGAGCAGCAGCUGGAGGAUUACCAUAGACUGGAGCAAGAUAGGUUUGAGGAGACUGAGAACACCCUUAGGAUGAUGCAGCACAAACUGAGGGAGGAGGAGAGGAGGCUGAUGAGGAGUGGAGGUGACACGCGCUCAGUAACACACACUUCCAAAGACGAGGACUCCGAUAUGGACAUCCCUGAGGAUGAGGGUUCAGACAGUGAUAUGGAGGAUCGCAGACCCUCUAAACCCCGUCCCACCAGAAAUGGCCCUAUGACAGGGAGAGGCGGAGCGCGGCUUGUCGGCAACAUGCAGGGUGGAGACAGCGAGGAGCCCAAAGCGGUUGCGUCCAACUCACUUCCUCGCGCCCCCACACGGAGGACAGGAAAGACUGAGGACAGUGAAAUAGACGUGGACGAGGAUGAUGAUGACGAUGAGGAAGGUGAGGAGGAGAAUGAGGACCUGGAGGACGACAACGACAGUCUAGAUGUCCCGGCGCCCAAGCCAUCCCGUCCCUCCAGGGGACCCUUGAGGCCCCAGCUAUUAGAGGAGAGCGAUAACGACUUUUAAGCUGACACACGCACACAUCCACCCACACUGUAUUACAGCUCGUGAGCACUGAGGACAAACAAAACACUUUAUUCCAUAUAACCUAAUAAUGUAAUCAUAUAAUAAACACUCUGUCCAAUCUGA